AGAGGGAGAGACCCAGGCAGAGGGACACACAGGCUCCCUGCAGGGAGCUCAAUGCCGGCCUCCAUCCUGGGACCUGGGGUCAUGCUGUGGGCCGCAGGCACCGAGCCCUCGAGACCCCAUGGCUGUGAGCCUCAUGGACACGAAUCACCCAGUGCCCUGAGGUCCUCUGUAGUAGGAAGGACAGUGGGAUCAUGGAACAACCUAUGUCACUAGGCCAGAAGAAACACCCCGCAGUUCCACUUAUCUUAGUUCAUGAAGUUUUGCCACCUACUUAAGUAAUCAAAAAUGGAAAAUUCUGCAAAAGCAGAAGAGUGUGAAAAGCUCUCUCUCGAAGAGGCAAAAGCAUCAAAAGAUUUGGAAACAAAGUCUUCAUUCAGUAUUAAUGAAAACACAACCACUCCUGGGACUGGACUUUCUGAAAAGGCUCCUGUCUGGGAACAAGCAGACGCACCGAAAAAGAGAAAAAUGGAAUUUGAAGAUGAUCUUAUAAAGGAAAGUUCUAGUUGUGGGGAAGAUACUCCAACCAAGAAAAGAAAACUUGAUGCUGAAAUUGUCCCAGAGGAAAAAGGUUCUGGUGAUGAUGAGGGCAUUUCAAGGAAAAGAAGAAUGGAAACUGAUGAUUUUCCAAAAGAUGAAUCUUCUACUGGAGAUGGCACACAGAAGAAGAGAAAAAUAGAACUUGAGGAUGUUCCUGAAAAGCAAAAAAACUUAGAAGAAGGACACAGUUCAGCAGUGGCUGCCCACUAUAAUGAACUACAGGAAGUUGGUUUGGAGAAGCGUAGCCAAAGUCGUAUUUUUUACCUAAGAAACUUUAAUAAUUGGAUGAAAAGUGUCCUCAUUGGGGAAUUUUUAGAAAAGGUACGACAGAAAAAAAAACGCGAUAUCACUGUUUUGGACCUGGGAUGUGGUAAAGGUGGAGAUUUGCUCAAAUGGAAAAAGGGAAGAAUUAACAAGCUAGUUUGUACAGAUAUCGCUGAUGUUUCUGUCAAACAGUGUCAGCAGCGGUAUGAGGACAUGAAAAAUCGUUGUCGUGAUAAUGAAUAUAUUUUCAAUGCAGAAUUUGUAACUGCUGAUUGUUCAAAGGAACUUUUGUUUAACAAAUUUCGUGACCCUGAAACGUGCUUUGACAUCUGUAGUUGUCAGUUUGUCUGUCAUUAUUCAUUUGAAUCCUAUGAGCAGGCUGACAUGAUGCUCAGAAAUGCCUGUGAGAGACUGAGCCCUGGAGGCUAUUUUAUUGGUACCACUCCUAAUAGCUUUGAACUGAUAAGACGCCUUGAAGCUUCAGAAACAGAAUCAUUUGGGAAUGAGAUAUAUACUGUGAAGUUUCAGAAGAAAGGAGAUUAUCCUUUAUUCGGCUGCAAAUACGACUUCAACUUGGAAGGUGUUGUGGAUGUCCCUGAAUUCUUGGUCUAUUUUCCAUUGCUAAAUGAAAUGGCGAAGAAGUACAAUAUGAAACUAGUCUACAAAAAGACAUUUCUGGAAUUCUAUGAGGAAAAGAUUAAGAACAACGAAAAUAAAAUGCUGUUAAAACGAAUGCAGGCCUUGGAGCCAUAUCCAGCAAAUGAGAAUUCCAAACUUGCCUCUGAGAAGGUGGAUGACUAUGAACAUGCAGCAGAGUACAUGAAGAACAGUCAAGUAAGGUUACCUUUGGGAACCUUAAGUAAAUCAGAGUGGGAAGCCACAAGUAUUUACUUGGUUUUUGCAUUUGAGAAGCAGCAGUGAGCACAUAUGCAGUAGCCCAGGACAGCUGUGUCCCGUCCUAUACAGAUUUGAAUGAUCCAUCCUAGAUUUGACAACUUUGUUUAAUUAUUCUAAAUGUGCAGGAUGCUGCCAGAAACUCCAGUGUAUAAAUUCAACAUUUGCUGUCUGUGACAGAUGAACUUUUGUGUGUGUAUAUAAGAAUCAGUUGGGACCUUUGUCUUUAAAAAUCUAUUUUUAAGUAAUGUUCUAAGAAUUCCAUUUGCCUCACUACUCUCUUAGCGCAUAAAAAUUAUAGUAUGACUUGUUUGAGCUCCUGAGCUCUUUCCACAGUGCUCUGAUUUGUUCAGUGUUUGUUUACAGUAUUAAAUUUAUUGCAGUUAUAGAAUUGAUGAGGGAGCAUACUGGUUUGUGGGGUUUGUGCUUAUUUCUGUAGUUUUGUUAUAUAGUGUUGUUCAAGAUUAAAUGGAUUGUGUUCUGUACUAUUGAAUGUGUUCAAUAUAUAUCACUAAAGUUGCAAGUUUAAAACAGAAUUUUAAAUGAUCAUAAAAAUUAUUUACCUAGAAUUUUUGUCAGUUUUUACGUUUCAUUAUAAAUACUAACUACCUUAUUUGCAAAUACGAUCUAAUUCUGGAACUGGUUAGAACGGUUUCGAUGCCAGCAUAAAAUUAUUUUGGAUUUUAGGGGCUUUAUCUUAAAGAUUUCCUUCCAUAGCAAUGAAUGUUUCUAGUUAUCAGGAAUGUAGUUAGACUGAUUUCUCUUUGUUCCUUGAACAAAAAUGCCACAGUUGUUUUUCUCGUGAUUUAAUGAAAACCUGUCCUGUGUGAACAUUUUCCUCAGAUGUAUGUAUGGAACUGCAACAGGAGGAUGUGAUUAGAGGAAGCUGACAACCAGACUUCGGAUGAAUUCCCCCCGAGGUUAGACGUGUAGGGUACGGGCACUGUGUGCUCUGUAGAUGCGUUACUCCCCUUCAGCCCUGGGAGAACAGUACCUGCCCUCCCGUGUCACCACAUCGUGCUUGGUGCAGUAGGAUCCAGCGUCCCGUCACUGCUCAAGAUCUGUAUUUGCCAUUUCAGAAUUGUUGACUCCUCUUCCAGACCGGACACCUAGGUGAAUGGUCAUCCUUACUUUACGUCACCGUUUAAAAAACUUGCCAGUGUUAGGUGUAGUGAAAAACUUACAAAGAACAAAACAGCAAUUAUUGCAUAUUCUUCUAAAAAUCAUCUAAAAAUGAUUUUUUAAUCAGUGCAUGGAUUUAAAAGACACUACUUUCUAUAAUUAUCCAGAGCACUUGUUUAAAACAGAAAGUUUCUUAGUUUGUUUACAUAUGUUGAUUAUUCAUGGUGUAACAGACGUUUUAACAAGAGAACACGGGUUACCUGCUUUUUGUUCCUUGUCCAAUUUGUCAGUCCCCAAACUGUUACCAGUUUAUAAAAAUUAAGUCUUUUUGCCUUAGUGGUAGCUUGCCAUAAGUCAUUUGGGGGAAAUAAAUAAUAGCAUUUCUGGCUGCUGUUAGCCAGCGGAGGUUUGGUAGUGGUGCUGGGGAUGUAAGGAUGGUGAACUCUUCAUGUUACAUAUGCGGGUUCAUUUUAAUUCUGGGGAAAGUUCCAGAAAGUGUUUUGAUAAUUUGCUAGAGGAUGUGGCUUAUUACUUCUUAAUCAUCAUUUUCAUUUAAUGGCCUUAGCCAAUUUUAAGCAAGUAGUAAAACUUUUUUUAGCCCCUUGCUCUUUCCACCCCAUGGGUGAUUUGUGGGAGAGAAGGAUCCCCUGAAGGAUGGAGUGAUUGGCGGUAAUACAAAGCAGACAAGGAAGGUGCGGUCCCUCAAGGCCUUCACUGAAGGCACAGAAAGGAGUAAAGGAAACCCAAGUGGAUUCAGCCAGUCUUUUCACCUCAAGCAAGCAAGCUGUUGUGUGUACAGGAGGCCCAUGGAGCCGCACCCAGAAGAUGCAGGGUUCUGGCAUUGCCCCGUGCUUGAGCUUUAUCCUUCUAGCCGCCUCUGCUCUACCUUCCAACCUGAUGCCUUCUUCCUGCAGCUAAGUGUCUGGACAGAGACUCAGGGAAACCGGUUAGGAAAGGGGCAUGGCCCUUCACUAUCAGGUCGGUGAUGUGAAGUUUAUGGGAGUGAUUACAGGCUCUCCAGUUUGUCCUCCAACGAUAAAAGUGAAAUGGAGAUCAAACCAGCCACUUGAGAGGACACAACCCAAGGAUUGGGAGGAUUGGUCUGGGAACCUGGCUGGACUGUGGUAUAACGAAUGCUCAAGUUGAAUUCUUUGGGCCUAAAAUAGCUAAAGUGUAACCAUGGUGUUCACAGAGACGAGCUGGCUAUUUCCAGCUGCAUUCAAAGGGGCGGUGUCCUCCCCUGCACACCGCAGCUGUCUGUGGUAAUGCCCACUCUUCCCAUGCCCAGGGUGACUCCCAGAGCAAUCUGCCUUCGGGGAGAGAAGGCAUUGAUUAGAGACUGACUUCUGUUAACUAAUGUGUGUGAUGCCUCUGAGAGGCAGAUGACCGGUGCAGAGUUUCCUGGCCUACAGUGUCCCCAAACCUGAAAGUUGAGGAAAUGUGAUUGCUACCUAAAUCUGUGUUUGUAGCAUUAUGUAAUAGAGCAUCUGAGCAGAGGUGUACAAAGUGGGGGGCUUUGAAGCAGCAUGCGGUGUGGGUCAGCAGUGGGAAGGGGAGGCAGAGAACGCGUGGUCAGAUCCGAGGCCCGGUCUCCCAUCCCCUCAGCCUAUCUUAACUCCUUGCUGUUAUAUUAUUUUGGUCAGUCUUCAAGUAUCCUAGUGAAGAUGGGGUUUCUUGUGUAGAUCUGCCGAUGAAUAUUCUAGCUCCUGAAUGUUGUUUUUCAUUGUUAAUAUGCUGACUUUUUUGUCUACUUCAGGCUUUGUAUUGUGAGCCAGUCGCUGCCAAGGUGUCUGGGUCUUCAAGGUCGGGCCAGAUCCAGGGACCAGAUCCAGGGACCAGGGCCCUGUAAUAAAAGUUGUACCGAAAUGCCUGCGGUAUUUACUGGCCCUUUGGUCACAUAGGAGCACAGGUACAUGAUGUGACCGCCUCGCCUCCCUAGGUGCUACGUCAGGUACCACGCACCUGGGUAGGCUCAUUUCUCGCCCUCUGACAGAGCAAUAUUCCAGGUUCCUCAAAGGCGGGCAGUGCGGUGACUCCUGCACUUAGUGAUAGAUGUGACUAGGCCGGGAGACAGCCAGCUCUUCACCUUCUCUGCUGCUCCUCUGCUCCCACCUAAUCCUGAAGCCUGGGCGCCUGCUCCUCACUGCAGUACUGAGCAAGCGUGGAACACCCAAGAGUACCUCCCUCAGGCUGGGGAGACUUCGGGUUAUCCCAAAGCCCUCUGCUCCCUAGACUCCCUGGGCCAGGAUUCCCUGGGGACAGCAGACCUGGAAUAAAGCCAGGUUGACAACAUUUAGCUCCUUCCUUUGGUCAGUUGCUUUUCUAAAUCCUUUAUGUGCAUUAGUUCACUUUGGCACUCGUGACUAUAUGAGCUACGCACUGUUAUCCCUAUUUUAAUAAUGAGGAAACUGGAGCACAGAGAGAACAUAAAGUUGCCCAAAGCGGAGCCGAGAUUGGACUACCCAUAUCCCUCGAGUCAGGCCCAAAAUCCAAUUUUAUGUUACACCCUCAAGAGAUUAAAUCCAGAUGACUUCUCACCUAUUCACUGCCCACAACUUAAAAUGUUACCUGCUUGGUGCUCCAACCUUUUGGUGUUCAAACCUUUGAUACUUAUUUUGGGACACCUGGGUGGCUCAUUCAGUUAAGUGUCUGCUUUCAGCUUAGGUCAUGAUCCUGGGGUCCUGGGAUCGAGCCCCGUGUCAGGCUCCCUGCUCAGCAGACAGCCUGCUUCUCCUACCCCUUCCCCUGUUCAUAUACAUAUGUUGUGUCUCUCCCUCUCUCUCUAAUCUUGAAAACAGACUUUCGUACUUAAAAUUUAAGUGUCCCCUGAGAGGAGCAUUUAUCCUGUGUAAGGUUUUGGGGCAGAGAGCAAGAGGGUAUUUGAGUGUACUUGGGGACUGAGGGUAAAAGUGAAUAAUCAAUAGGCGAAGAGGACAAAGAGAUAGACUUGGACUUCACAUUUUAGUAGACCUGCUUCUUAAGCUACUAGUCCUGUAGCAAAUCCAGUUUAGUCUGCAUCUUAGUGGGUAGAGGAUGGUUCUUUUCCCACCCUCACCAUUUGGAAGUGGCAAGAAGUGGAAACACAGUUUGAGAGUAGAGCUAACAGGAGAGGCCAAGAGAGAAGGAAUCUUCAGUCUGAGUUGAUUAUCCAGGCAGAGGCAAAUCAUUUUGUUCUAGCUUUUAGUUGAAGUAUAACAUACACAAGUUUUUGGUUUUUCACAAAUGGGCCACAAAUACAAUCACCACUUCAAUCAACAAACUAUUACCACCACCCCAGAACCCCCCCACCAUGUUCCCUUCUGGUAACUACCUCCCCAAGGGUAACCACUAUCUAACGUCUGAGAAAUAGAUUAGUUUUGUCUGGUUUUGGACAUAAUCUAAAUGGAAUCAAAUAGUCUGUAUUCUCUUGUAUCUGGCUGGUUUGCUGUACAUUAUGUUUGUAAGAUUUUUGUUGCAUGAAUUUGUAUGUGGUUUUUUUUUUUCUCUCAUGGCUGUAUAGUAUUCCAUUGCGUAAAUAAACCACAUAUUUAUCCCGUG